CACGCACUGUUUGAGGCAUAAAUGACUAAAUUCAAAAGUUUGAUUAGGCGGUGAUCUUAAUUGCAGCCUCGAGAACCACACCCCAAGUUUAAUAGCAAUUUCCCCCAAGUACCCCCUCCAUCCUCUCUGCCUUUCUAUUUCCUCUCUCAUUCUUCCCAAAUGAAAAAUGUCGGAGCCCUAGCAGAAUGAACGAUUCGACGAUUGGCAAAUACCUCUAUCCGAUCAUCCUGCAUCAUCACUGAAAUUGACGAUCCCCACAAGGAGCACUUGGAAACCCACGGAAAUUUAUCCGUUGUCUGCGAAGGAACUGCCAGAGUUGACUGUUUUCUUGCGGAGUGUUCAAAGCGUUGCAGAUCGGGAGUCCGCUAAAAUAAAAAGUACGUUGACCAUGUGGUAUAAAGUAUGAUUCGUUUACUUCGGUUUACUUCAUCUUGACUGGCCCGUUUGCUUUUUAUACCAUAGCUGCAUCUGUAGUAUGCUCACCCUCUUUGUUUGCGCCUUUGGAUUAUGUGACUGUUUUAUAGUUUGCUGCUUUGAGUGAUGUUUACUUUUGGAUUAUUCUCUGUGUGGUCUGUUCAUGCGGCCCAAUUUUAGGUGUUGACUACAAAACUUGGCUGUGAAACAUUUGUGUUUUUUCAUAAUUAUGGUUAUUUUUUGUUUUUAACCCGAUGGAGACUGCUAUGGCUUACCGUCAAUGGCUGGCAGUUGGUGGAGUUAGACCUGCAUUUUUUUGAAUCAUUAAAGACAUAUACAGGAUGAGAACGCCAACAAUUAGGUACACCAGCAUAGUUAUGAUGCUAGAGGACAUCAUGCAAAUGUAUCGGGAUGAGACAAUGAUACUGGUGCAUCGCUACCUCAACGGUCGAACGAAGCGUACGCGGCAUAGGAUACUGGAACACGCCAGGCGUUACAGCUUGAUCAAUAAGGUGCCCGCUCAACUAGAACACUUGGACAGACUCAUCCAUCUAACAGAUACAGAUUGCAUAGAUAGCCUCCGAAUGGACCGCAAUACGUUCGGAAAGCUUUGCCGCAUCCUCCAUGGUCGGGGUGGGUUACAGAUUGGGUUGUCUAGGUGCCCUUGACGGCACACACAUCAGCAUAUUGGUGAGCAACUCUGACAAACUCCGUUAUCGUACUCGUAAAGGGACUAUUGCUACCAACGUGUUAGCCGCGUGCGACCGAGACAUGCAGUUCGUGUACAUCUUACCUGGGUGGGAGGGUUCGGCGGGUGAUUCUCGUGUGCUAAGGGAUGCCGUGUCUAGAAACAACGGCUUCAGGGUUCCACAAGGUUGUUAUUAUUUAGGCGACAAUGCAUACGCUAAUAGCCCCGGAUUCUUAACACCUUACAAAGGGGUCCGCUACCACCUCAAGGAAUGGGGCGUUGGAGAUCAAGCUCCACAGGAACCCAAAGAAAUAUUUAACAUGCGCCACAGUAAGGCUAGAAAUGUUAUUGAGCGAGCCUUCGCAGUGCUGAAGAUGCGUUGGGGGAUUCUAAGAAGUCCAUCAUUUUACCCAAUUCAAACCCAAAUCAGCAAAUGUUGCAACGCUUCGGAAAACUUGAUGGCAUUCCCGAGUGCAUGUGUGGCUCGGGGAAGAUGGUGCUGCGUUGUGCAGGUAAACAAGCAAUUAACUCGGGUAGGUAUUACCUCAAAUGCCCGGAAGAUCUCAACCACCCUGGAUCAUUUAUGUGGUGUGAUGAGUACAUCAGAGGGAGGGAUGAAAGGUCUACACUCGAUGAGCGUGAAGCCACUUCACGAUUGGGCAAGGAUUUGGCUAAUGCACCCGUUGGAUCAGCCUCUGCCGCCCGACGUGACCACUGUUGCACCGUCAAUGCAAAAGGAGAUGUGUGUAACAUCUUAUUAAUUGGAUUUAGUGCGGUCGUGUUAGUUGUUGUGGGAAUUUUUAUCGGGAAGAUAAUUUAAAAACUAUGCUCCUUACGAGUGCACCCCGAGCUAUGGGCAUUUUAUAUGACGGACUACCUAGUUUGUAAACAUAUAUAAUAUCAUCGCAAACCUUAUGUUUCGUUAA